CGGUUUUUGAUGGACAGUUGGGUCCAGCCAGUCAGUGGUUACGGGCCGACAUGUUGAAGGUAUUUCUGUGAUCGUACGCGGUAGAUCUAACGCGUGAUUUUUCAUGCGUCUUUUGUGCGUGUUCAAUAUAUAAGAAGUGUUUUUGGAUUGCGACGCUACAUGUGAAGUGUCGAGUGAAACAAGCCUGCUUGUGCCUGGUUUACCCGGCCAGCAAACAUGAGCUGGGGUACAGAGCUCUGGGUAAAUCGUGCAAAGAUGUCUCCACGUGACGUGUAUUUUACAUGUUUCAUUCAGGAGGCUCGGUCAGGAUAUGAAUGAAAAUUCGUCAGAGGAAGAAGUAACAGGUCGAGAUUGUAUGGUAGAGAGAGAUUCAUGUGCCUGAUAAUAUGGGUAGAACCGAUGGAUCACUGGUGUUCGACCAGUCGCGGGUGCACGUUGCGGCAACAGAGUCCAGUUUCACUUUUCGUGCCGAGCUGCUAAACGGCCAGAAAUCUUUCUACCGGCAGCCUUGCGAAAUCUCUCAUUGUCCCGAGGACCAGUACGAGAAUCUAUCCCUGCAUACGCAAAAAGGGAUAGAGUUCCUCGAAAGGUACGGCCAUUUCAUUCGCGAUCGAUGCGCCAUCGAGGUGGAAUAUGCGGCUAAACUCAGACGUCUUGUGAAGAGCUAUCAACCUAAGAAGAAAGAGGAGGAGGAUUAUCAAUACAGUCCAUGUCGAGCGUUCAAGAUGGAGUUGAAUGAGGUAAACGAUCAGGCAGGACAGAGGGAGGUGAUCGCGGAGAAUUUGCAAGCAAACGUACUAAGGGAAUUGAAUAUUCUCGUGAAGGAUUUUAAGGAGGAUCGUAAAAAACAUCUUCAAGAAGGCGCCAGAUUAAUGGCAAACCUGACCGGUCAGAUUGGAAAUUUGGAGCGUGCUAGGAAAGCGUACGAAAAAGCUUUUCGUGAGGCGGAAAGAGCAGUUGAGAAUUAUCAGAGAGCAGAUGCUGAUUUGAAUCUUUCAAGAGCGGAAGUCGAGAAACAGAGGAUGAAUAUGACUUUAAAAACUCAACAGAGCGAGGAAGCCAAGACAGAAUAUGCGAAUCAAUUGCAGAAAACAAACGACAUGCAAACAUUGCAUUAUCACACGGCUAUGCCAGAAGUGUUUCAACAUCUUCAGGAGCUUGAUGAAAAGAGAAUAAAAAAUAUGCGAAACUACAUGCUAAAGUCUGUGGAAAUAGAACGAGCAGUGGCACCGAUAAUCGCUCAGUGUUUAGACGGUAUUGAAAAAGCAGCAAACGAGAUCAAUGAGAAAAAAGACACAUUAUUGGUAAUCGAACGUUACAAAAGCGGUUUCCAACCUCCAGGAGAUUUUCCGUUCGAAGAUCUUUCCGUGGCUAAAACAUAUGAUAGCAAUAGUCAGCUGUCACAGCCUGUAAUGCAACCAAUACACAAUCAUCAUUUGACAGUGAAGGGUACUGUUUCUGGUAGUAAAAUUAAGAAGAGGGUCGGGCUGUUCGGCAUAUUUAGUAGCAAUAAGAAGUUGAUCGAGGUGGGCAUAGCUUUGAAGAAUAAUGUGCCCGGAUAUGGCGAUGGUGCGAAGGAGGACUGCAGCGAUCUACCACCGAAUCAACGCAAGAAAAGACUUCAACAAAGGUUGGACGAAAUUCAAGCAAAAAUUCAACAAGAGACUGCGGCAAGGGAUGGUUUGAUGAAGAUGAAAGGGGUGUACGAGCAAAAUCCUGCAUUAGGCGAUCCAAUGAGCAUAGAAGGACAGUUAAAUCAAUCGAGCAAUAAACUGGAUAAACUUGGUGCAGAACUGGCAAAAUUCCAAGGUUAUCUCGAAGAAGCAAUGCGCGCCGGUGUCAGUUUAUCCAGUCCCAGUCAAGCACCACGAAAACCAACUAGUAAUGGUUCCGCAACAAGACCGCUUAGUUCAAGAAGAUCCAGUCAUUCGGGAGGAGAGGAAAGUCUUUCGAGAUCAGCAUCUGAUUCCAGUGUAAGCAAUGCGAAUGCUAAUCAACCGAUACACAAGAAAAGUGCUCCGGGUACACCGCAACCGACGCAUGGUUCCACGAAUAGCCCGGAAUCUGGUCUUGGAGAAUCGAGGACAUCCCUUCCUGGUAGUGGUGGCGAAGAAUAUUAUGUUGAUGAAAUUGAUGCUCAACCACCGUUAGGAACAUGUAGGGCUCUUUAUCCUUUCGAUGCAACUAGUGAAGGUUCCAUCCCAAUGUAUGAUGGAGAAGAAUUAUAUAUGAUUGAAUUAGAUCAAGGAGAUGGAUGGACGCGUGUACGGCGCAUUUCACAACCAAUCGAAGGCUUUGUACCUACAUCUUACAUAGAGUGUCAUCUCUAUAAUACUUAGCCAUUUCUUUUAGGACGUUAAACAAUUGAGAAGUGGGGAAGUUUCAAGAUUAUUUAUGCUAUUAGUUCAAUACGGUAUACUGAACGAUUAAAAAUAGCAAUUCACGAGAGUUGGAGGUUCUAUGUUGAGGAUUUGGUGUUGAUUAAAAUUGGCACUAGUUUUUAAGAUGUAUUCUGGUCAAAUCAUGGGUCUAAUCCCAUAAAAAUGUCAUUGAUAUAAGUGAAAAUUAAUAUGUGCCAAUACUUUGAUUUUUGGGAGAAAAUCUCAUGAUUCGUCAAAGAUUCAGUCAAUUGUUCACCCAACAUACCUCUUUUUAGCUUCUAUCAAGUUUAUUGAACAAGAAAGAACAAAGAGAAAAUAAGUUUCAUUUUUAAUAUCUAAUUUCUUUUAUACAAAAGUGAUCAAUAUGUUCAACUCACUUAAAUAUUAAAUAUAGUAAGAAUAAUAAGAUCGUACAACUAUUUAGAAUGCUGUUAUGCCCAAUCAUUUUAAAGAGAUUUUAUCAUACACGUACGAAGUACAGUACAUUUUUCUAAGAAAAAUACUAAAAGCACCCUGAUCACUUGGAUAACUCUAAAAAUAUGUUUUUGUAAUUUAGAUAUGCACAAGUGAACAAUUUGCAACUUCAUUAUUGAAAGUAUAAUAAAAAUAAUAAAUAUCUGUCGUAUAAUACACAUACAUACACACACACAUAUAUAUAUAUAACAUAUGCUCCGCCUACAUGUCACGGAUAAAAUUACAAUUGUUGUAAUGACAUGAAGAUUUAUGUAUUUUUUUUUUAUUAAUUUUGUUGUAAAGCAGGCAACUCACGAAUAGAUCCACACUAUCUCUGCUGAAGUUCAAGAAACUACUCAAUUUUAGUGCUUUUAGAAUAAAUUUUUAUCUAAAUGAUUUAUAUAUAUAUAU